CGCGACCUUACCGUCGGCGACUGCCGAUAUGCCGCGCUCAGAGGGUUCCGAUGUGACUGCAGUCGAGCUCGAGCACCCGCGGCUCAGUCUGAGCCCAAAGGGUGUCAUCUAUACGAUCACAAGUCUCAUCAAUGAGAUCGUAUCCUUCAUCUAUCGUUUCGUUCAACAUUGCAUCGCCUUUGUCUUUGCUCCCUCACUGCCGCCACCACAAGAUCAGAGGAAUGCAGCAUACGGACAUGUCGCCGUCAUUGGCGCCGGUGUAUCGGGUGUCUCUACUGCAGCCCAUCUCAUAGGCAACGGAUUCCUGGUGACGUUGUAUGACGACAGUCCCGCGAAAGCGCCGGGCGGAGUGUGGGCUAGAGUCAACAAGACUAGUGGGCUACAACUCAACUCGAUGCUCUAUCGUUUCUUUCCGGCCGUCAUCUGGUCGAAAGCCUACCCACACCGCGAUGAAGUCGUCGGCGAGGUGGAAAAGGUAUGGACGCGGUACGGCCUUGACGCCUGCACACGCUGGGAGAAAGUGACAAAAGUCGAGCGGCACCAUUCGGACAAGAAAGGCGAACGAUCCCGAUGGAUCAUCAACGGAGACCAGACGACCGUGUUCGAUGCCGUCUUUGCUACUAUCGGGACAUGCGGCGCGCCGAAGCGAAUUGAUGUCAAGAAUCUCGAGCGAUGGAGAGGCAAAGUCGCCCAUAGCUCACAACUGGAUGACCUGGAUCUCGAAGGCAAGCGUGUCAUCGUACUCGGUUCUGGUGCCAGCGGUGUCGAAGCUGCCGAGACUGCUCUGGCCAAUAAUGCAAAACACGUCACUGUGCUCGCACGCUCUGACAAGUGGAUCAUCCCUCGUAAUUUUGUAGUCGACACGUUGCUUGCCCUCCAGCCGCUCGGUAGACAGACACCACUCAGCUUCAUACCUGAAUGGCUCCUCAGGACUUUCCACUAUCGCGAUCUACAAGACAUCUCACCGUACAAGAAAGGCGUAUACGCUGGCACACCCAUCGUCAACAAUUCCUUCCUCGAGCAUAUUCGACAAGGUCGAGUGACGUACGCUCGAGGUGACUUGAUCGAUGUCAUGGGCGACGGCGUCAAAUUUUCUUAUCGACCGCGCGAGUCAAAGGCGGGCGAUGAGGGUGAUCUCAAGACGAUUAGGGGCGAUGUCUUUGUACUCGCUACUGGCUUCGAGCGGCCUUCCCUCGACUUUCUGCCCAAAGAUCUCUUUCCCAAAGAAAGCGACAAAUUGCACGACUACGCUCCACCGAAUCUGUAUCUGCAGGUCUUCUCGACAGAAGACUGGUCUAUCUGUCUCACGAAUGCUGCCUACAAGGACGCGAUCGCGACGGUUGGUCAUGUCCACAUCGGCAUCUAUGCUCGCAUUCUCAUGACGUUCCUCAAACACCCCGAGACAGCGCCUUCGCCGGCCUCGAUGAAGCUGUGGGUAGAUGUGAUCAGAUGGAUCAAGGAGACUGCGCCCGCCGGCUCGUUCGAGUUCUUCACCUUUGCCGAGCUCACGAUCUGGUUCCUUGGCUUCCAUCUGCUCAAGCUCUCACGCUUGCCAUACUUCAUGUUCGUGCUCAACGGUCUUGGCGGAGGCUGGCCGCGAGCGAGCAAGCAAGCGAUCAAGACGGGCUGAGAUGAGCAUAGGGGAACAGCACAAACGGCACGUCAUUUAGUAUAGCAGAACAACACUGGAAUCGAUUGACAGCUCUACCUCGCGCGCGCUCAUUGUUGCUCCGGCGGAGUGGCCGCAUGGAGAGGGUGAGAUUGCUGAGUUAGUGAAUGAUGAGAUUCAUGGUGCUGCUGCUGCUGCUGCUGAUGGUGCUGAUGUUGUUGAUGGUGCGGCGGCGGCGGCGGCGGCUGCGGCUGAACCUGCAGAGACUGCUGCUGCUGUUGAGCAAGGGGCGUCUGCAAUGUCGUGCUCGGUCCUACGCCGCC